AGACUCUGAAAUUUCUCACUUGACUUUUGCCAUUGACUUGAGGCAAGGACUCCAUGUAAAAGGAAGGAUUACUCUGUUGCCCAAAAUAAUUAAGAGCAAGAAAACCUUAUCAGUUAUCAUCAAAAAUGUUCGCUCUGAAAUUCUCCAUAUUCCUGCUUUCCUUUGCAGCCCUCACGGAAGCACAGGAGAGCCCUUACCUUUAUCAUAAAUGCUCGAACACAACCACUUUCAAAAGAAACAGCCCGUAUCAAGCCAAUUUAAAUAUCCUUCUCUCUUCACUCGCCGGCAAUGCAACCCGAAAUGAAAUUAACGGAUUCUAUAACGCCUCUACAGGACAUGAUGUUUAUGAUCAGGUCUAUGGCCUCUUUCUUUGCCGUGGCGAUGUUAGUGUCGAAGUUUGCCUAGAAUGUGUGAAACGUGCAAGAAACGAUGUCGUCCAACUUUGUCCAAUCGAGAAGGAGGCUAUCAUAUGGUAUGAUCUGUGCUUCCUGCGCUACUCAAACAGUAACAUCUUCUCCAGCCUGAGCGAAAAGCCUGCGUUUAUCAUGUGGAAUAUACAAAAUAUAACUGUUGAUGUAAAAUUUAACAAGCGAGUGGUGGAUUCUGUAUCUGAUGCUGCUAAAGAAGCUGCAAGUGCGCCAUCAGGUGAAAAAAAAUUCGCAGCCAAAAACGUUUCUUAUACGUGGGAAGAAUCUCUAUACGUUCUUGUGCAAUGCACACCGGAUCUAUCUAAAUAUGAUUGUAUUCGGUGUAUUAACGCAACUCUCUCCUACCUACCAAUUUAUAUUAAUAAUAAGCAAGGAGGAAGAGUCUUGUUUCCAAGCUGCAAUUUUCGAUUUGAAAUUUAUUCAUUUUACAACGUACCUGCCGUCGUGGCCAUGUCACCACCACCACUAUCCAUGCCAGUUGUUCGCCUCCCUCCAUCUCCAGGCUCAAUAGCAGAUGGAAAAGGAGAUGGAAGCAAAUCGAUGUGGAUUAAAGUCGUUGCAGGCCUAUCCGCAAUUACUGCUGUGCUAUUUUUCAGUGCUUGCACUUGCACCAUGAGGAGAAGGACGAAUCUGAGAACAGAGGAAAUAGGAAAUAUCCAAGAGGAUCAAUUACUGGACUGGGCAGGACGAGCAACUGUUGGGGACGACUAUUCAGACAAAGAUAUUCAAGGAGAGGUGACAUCCCAGGACCUCCCUUUGAUCCGGCUAGAUGUUAUAAAUGAAGCUACAAAGCAAUUUUCUGAUGAAAACAAACUUGGUCAAGGAGGCUUUGGCCCAGUUUACAGGGGUACGUUAGAGGAUGGCAAAGAAGUUGCAGUUAAGAGGCUCUCAAGAACUUCUGGUCAAGGACAAAGAGAAUUCCUGAACGAAGUCGUUUUAAUCGCCAGAUUACAACACAGAAAUCUUGUCAGGCUCUUGGGAUGCUGCCUGGAAAAAAAUGAAAAGUUACUUAUCUAUGAGUAUAUGCCCAACAAAAGCCUUGAUGUCUUUCUUUUUGGUUCAAGCAAUGGAGUCCUGCUUGACUGGCAAAGACGCUUGAGCAUUAUCGAAGGGAUUGCACGGGGGCUCUUGUAUCUUCAUGAAGAUUCUCGUCUUAGAAUUAUUCACAGGGAUCUCAAAACAAGCAACAUUUUGCUUGAUUAUGAGAUGAAUCCAAAGAUAUCAGACUUUGGAAUGGCUAGGAUUUUCGAUGGAAAUCAAAGCGAGGCUAACACGAAUAGAAUUGUCGGAACUUAUGGAUACAUGGCCCCAGAGUAUGCUAUGGCGGGACUUUUUUCUGUAAAAUCAGAUGUUUUCAGUUUUGGAGUGUUGCUGUUAGAGAUAAUCAGUGGGAAAAAAAACGUUGGCUUUCAUCUUUCAGAAGAAGGCGAAAGCCUUCUCACUUUUGCAUGGAAACUGUGGUCUGAUGGUCAAGGACUGGAAUUGAUGGACCCAAUGCUAGAGAAAUCAGGCGCGGCAACUGAGGUGCUGAGAUGCAUCCACAUUGGGCUGCUCUGCGUGCAAGAGGAUCCAGCAGACAGACCCACAAUGUCAUCUGUGCUUCAUAUGUUGGCAAGUGAUACCAUAGCACUCCCUAUCCCUAAGCAACCUGCAUUUUCUAUCGGCCGAUUUGUUGCCAUGGAAGGUCAGUCCUCAAAUCAGAAAGUAUGUUCUGGCAAUGAAUUAACCAUUUCCGUUUUAUCACCACGGUGACUGUAAAUUAAGUUUUAAAUUUAAGAGAAUGAAGUUGUAGCUCCUUCGACUGUUUUUCUUUACAAACACAGACAUUUCCAGACAGAUACAAACAUAUCUUCUUGAUUUGUUUUUCU